GCGGCAGACGCGGCCAGAGUGGCUGAGCGAGUGCCCAGUUGGCCACCUCGGGGGCCGCAGCUCUUCGCUCACCUGUCAGCAGCGGGCAGCCGACGCCGCGUUUGUUUGGUCGCCGCCACGGUGUGCCAUGGGCACCGGCGCCAGCCGAGGCGAGGGUGGCGGUGGCGGCGUCUCCAGCGGCGGCGACCUGCGCCUGCCUGGAGUCCAGCUGCGCUUCUCCAGGCCACAGCUGCGCGCCGCCGGGUGCCUGCUGGAGGACAUGCGCCGCCAGGACCCAGCGCACGGGGAGAGGCUGUCCUCCGGGGUGACGGUGCUGGUGGAGCGGCUGGUGCAGCGGCUGGUGGCGGGCGCCGGCAGUCUGGACACGCGGUUCUCCGCUCGCUUCCUCGCCACCUUCGACACGGCCACGCAGCGAGCUCAGGGCGCGGGCCGCGGCCGCUGCGAGUACCUGGCGACGCCGCCGUGCCGGCCGGAGGCGGGCGCCGCGACGCCCGCGGGCUUCGUGCGGCUGCGGCUGCAGGGCUCCGCGCGGCGCCGCUGGGCCGACCUCGCCAGCGCCGACGGCUUCCUGAGGAGGGACCGCGUGCAGGAGCGUUUCGUGGGGUUGCUGGCGCGCGCCGCUGCCAGGGGGCCGGAGCCGUCGCGGCCCGCCGCCGUCGACGAGUCCCGCCUCUGCGGCUGCCCUGGCAAGCUGGUGGACGUGGGCGCGCUUCACGCCCUGGCUCACACGCCGCCCCGCCAGCAGCUGUACUACGGCGCAGAGGACUGCAGUCAGAGUCGUUUCCCGGAGCCACGUGACUUCCGGAUCGCAAUCGUAGAGGGCGCGCCGGAGGUGCGGCUGCGCAUCGGCCUGGAGCAGCUGGGCCACGGCGCAUGCGCGGCCGAUGUGGAGGUACGGUUGCUGCUCGCCGUGGGAUUCCCUGGCUGGCCUGCCACGGCGGCGGCCGACGGCCGGGACUUCCCCCAUCGGGUCUCGCUGGCCCAUCCCGACUGCUUGGUCUUCCUGGAGGCCGCCACCACGGGCUUCUAUGCGGUGCCAGGCCCGCCGCACCCGUCACUGCGCUGCGAGGAGCGUUCCACCGUGUGGCAGCUGCGGGUGCCAGCUGCGGAGCUGUCGCUCAGCUGCCACUACGCCCCACGCAGCGCCCCUGGCCGCGCCCUCGCAGCUGCCGAGGCCGUGCUGCGACACCUCAGGGCCAGGCUGCCGCACAUGUCGCUGCGCGUGGCCAGCCGGCCCAUGCUGCGCUGCCUGCUGCUGCGGCUGCUGGAGGCGGACGCCAGUGACUGGGCUCUGGGCGAGUGGCCGCGCGCGGCGCUGCGCCUGCUGGACGCGCUGGCGGGCGCGCUGGCGUCGCGGCGCCUGCCCUGCUUCUUCCUGCCCGGCCUGGACCUGCUGCUGCACGCGCCCUGGGCGGGGGGCGGCGCCGCCGCGGCCGCCCUGUGCGAAGAGGACUGCCAGCAGGACGCCGACGUGCUGCGCGCCUUCCUGCACCAGCUGCACGCCGAGGCGAGGCUGGCGGCUGCAGCGGACGACGACGCCGACGGCGACUGCUCGUGGGAGGAGCGCGUGGAGGCGGUGCUGGCGCGCGGCUGGCUGUGGGUGCAGCGCUCCCUGGGGCCCCCGCCGCCCCGGCGCCGCCACGCCGCCGACCACUACUCGGCGCGCCAGCUGGACUACAUCGCGCUGCUGCUCAGGCACCUGCUGCGCGCCCACCAGCUGCUCGUUCACGCGGACGGCCGGCUGCCCGGAGAGCAGCGAGACUGCGGGGCGCAGGAGAGUGUGGCGGCGGGUGCCUGCGACCCGCGCGAGGAGCUGUCCUUCCUUGUGUGCACCGUUGCGCGGCAGGCCCGCCGUCUGGCCGGCGGCGCAGCGGACGAGGCGAGUCUGGGGGCGCUGGCCGAGCAGGUGCGCCGUCGCGACGCCGCGGGCGACCUGCGCGACGACGCCGUCAUGGUGAGCGCCGCUCUCCGCCAGGUGUCCCGUCCCGCCUCUCCCCGCCCCUCUGCACUCACUCCUCUGACGUCUAGGUAA